GGGGGAGAAGGGGUAUGUGUGAGCUCAUGUGAGUGUGUGAGCAGGGCAUGAGAAAAUCUCUGCAAAACCCACGAACCAUUUGUAGGAAUAGCUGCAAAAACAGGGCCACAGUGAGAUGCCAAGAAUAGGGCACAAGUGAUUCCUCUCCAUGCUAUGGAUUUUUACGAAGAUCUCUAUGUCUGAGAGACGUUUCGCUGGUGAGGACUGCAAAGGAUGUAUCCUGCAAGUUUAAAAAGAAGAAGAUCCAGAGACAAUUUGAGGGACCUAAUUUGCCUUUCUUGUAAACAGCAGCAUGGUUGAAGAAAAUGUUGGUGAAGUAGUGAAGAAGCUAAGAUGUAUUUCCUAUCUCAUGUGAGUGCCUGAGACCUGGUCUCUCAGGUGGAACCUCAACUCUCUACACACUAGGCUGAAGACCAGCUUCCAGAGGAGCUGCAGCCAUGCUGUGUGGUCUGAGGAGAGACACCAAGAGCAGCAUCGAUGAAGGUCCUUACUCAAAGGGGAGCAAAGAGACAACUGACCAAUCACAUUCCUCCCGGGGGCGAAGCCUUUCAGCAGAGGAGUAUCGAGGAGUGACCACGGUGGAGCUGAUGAAAAGGGAAGGUAGCAGCCUUGGUCUCACCAUCUCUGGAGGCUCCGAUAAAGAUGGCAAGCCCAGAGUGUCGAACCUACGGGCAGGUGGGCUGGCUGCCAGGAGCGACCAGCUGAAUGUGGGCGACUACAUCAAGUCAGUGAAUGGCAUCAACCUGUCAAAGCUCCGGCAUGACGAGAUCAUUAGCCUACUGAAGAACAUCGGAGAACGAGUUGUCCUGGAAGUCGAGUAUGAACUGCCUCCAUUUGUUCAGAAUCCCUCAGGAACCAUGACUAAAAACAUAGAGGUGUGUUUACACAAGGAGGGAAACAGUUUUGGCUUUGCCAUGAGAGGAGGCUUCCAUGAAGACAGACGAAGGUCUCGUCCUCUAGUGGUUACCGGCGUCCGGCCCGGGGGUCCAGCUGACAGAGAGGGCACACUGAAGGCAGGAGACCGAGUUUUAAGCAUAGAUGGGAUGCCUUUGAACAGAGAGAGGCAUGCUGAGGCUCUGACCAUGCUGAUGCAGAGCGGCCAGGAAGCUCUGUUCCUGAUUGAGUAUGACGUUUCUGUUAUGGAGGCUGUGCAGCAGGCCUCGGGCCCUCUGCUGGUGGAAAUAGUGAAAGGUCCUUCUGCCAGCCUGGGGAUCAGUCUCACAACAACAAUAUACAGAAGCAAGCAAGUCAUCAUUAUCGACAAAAUAAAGCCGGCAAGUGUGGCUGAAAGGUGUGGAGCGCUUCAUGUGGGAGACAUCCUGCUGUCCAUAGAUGAGACAAACACUGAGCACUGCUCCCUGAUGGAGGCAACACAGCUGCUGGCCAGCACCUCUGAGAAUCUGAAGCUUGAGAUUCUUCCCGCCAGUCAGAGCAGACUUCCCAUCAGGCCACAGGACACAGUUAAAGUACAGAAAAGCAACCAUCAUCACUGGGAACAAAGCAGCAACUACUGCCAUCCCCCACAUGCCAGCCACAGCAAGACAUGGAGCAGCCCAAGCCACCUACACAACCAGCAGGACCCAUGCAAAUCAGCUGUGAGCGGUGGCUUCUCCCCUUCCUCCACGGCCACCUCAGGCUUCAGCAGCCAAGGUAGCAACUCACUGCCGUGCCCCAUUGCUCCCACCAGUCCCCGCAGCUCUACUGGGAGGAGGAGGAACAGGAAGAAGGACCACAAGAGCUCAUUGUCCCUGUCCUCCAGCUCUGUUGGCCCCGGGGGGCAGAUUUUCCAUGUGGAAACAAGUGAAGUCCUCCUGAGGGGGGAUCCACUCACAGGUUUUGGGAUCCAGCUUCAGGGGGGGGUGUUUGCCACGGAAACGCUGUCUGCUCCCCCAGUCAUCCGCUUUAUAGAGCCCGACAGCCCUGCUGAGAGGUGUGGGCUGCUGCAAGUUGGAGACAGAGUGUUGUCCAUCAAUGGGAUCCCAACUGAAGAUGGCACUCUGGAAGAAGCUCAUCAGCUGCUCAGAGACUCUGCUCUGGCCAACAAAGUUACAGUGGAGGUUGAAUUUGAUGUUGCAGAGUCUGUGGUUCCAAGCAGUGGCACGUUCCACGUUAAGCUGCCAAAGAGGAGGGGAGUGGAGCUGGGCAUCACCAUCAGCGCAAGUAAGAAACCUGGCAAGCCCCUCAUCAUCUCGGACAUCAGGAAAGGAAGCAUAGCACACAGAACAGGCACUCUGGAGCCCGGAGACCGGUUGCUGGCCAUCGACGCCAUGCGCCUGGAGAACUGCCCCAUGGAAGACGCCAUGCACGUCCUGCAGCAGGCUGAAGACAUGGUCAAACUGCGGAUACAGAAGGACGAGGACAACAUUGAUGAGCUGGAGAUGUCAGGCUCUAUAAUCUACACAGUUGAGCUGAAGAGAUUUAAUGGACCCCUGGGAAUUACAAUAUCUGGCACAGAGGAACCUUUUGACCCCAUCUUCAUUUCUGGCCUCACCAAGAAAGGUCUGGCUGAAAGGACCGGGGCCAUCCACAUAGGGGACCGAGUCCUGGCAAUCAAUGGUGUCAGCCUUAAAGGGAAGCCUCUGAGCGAGGCCAUCCAUCUGCUGCAGAUGGCUGGGGAGUCAGUCACCCUCAAGAUCAAAAAACAAGCUGACCAAUCACAGUGUCGGCAGCCACCAGACAGAGAAGCUGGCUUUUUAAGCGAUCCAGAGGAGGAACUAGCUGACUCCCAAAAAACCAGUAAACUCUCAGAGGUCUACUCGGCCACUGUUCCCAGCAUCGACUCGGCCAUGAGCUCCUGGGAUAGCGCAGCGUUUGAUGCAGGCUACAUUAGCCAAGGGACAUAUCUGCAUAAAACGUCUGAUUUACUCCUAAAUCCACUUGACUGGAGGCGCCCGAAGCACAGAGGCUACACUACCUCCAGCUCUGGAGGUUUGGGGCUACAAGCAGGGCUGUAUGAUGGAGGAUUCACUGAGGAUGAGUGGGACAAAGUACCUGGCAGUCACCUCCAGGCUUGCAGGGCUGCUCUUAUGUUCUGGUUCCUGCACUGUCAUAGAUUCGUCAGCCCCUCUCGCUGCCAUGGCAUGUUGAACAAGGACGACAGCUUCUGGUCCCAGGCUCUGCAGGACCUCAAGACCUGCGGCCAGUCUGGGAUUCUCAGGGAACUGGAAGCUUCUAUGACAGGCAGCGCUCUCAGUCUGUACCUGGAGGAGACCAAGACCAGUGAAGGCUCAAUGUUUGUCUCUGAGAUUAAUCCAAUAAAGAAGGAAGGAAUCCACAAUGGGUCUAAAAACAAAAGCCUGAACAUGUCAACCGGAGCCAGAGAUGGAUCAUCCAGGGCCAAAGGGGAUCUCUCUAACAUUCUGUCCCCUACAGCCCUGGCACUUCAGAAGGUUUCUCUAAGGAAGGACCCUGAGAGCCACGACUUUGGUUUCAGUGUAUCAGAUGGGCUCCUGGAAAAAGGAGUUUAUGUCAACAUGAUUAGGCCAGACGGACCAGCUGAACAAGCUGGUCUCAAACCUUUCGACCGGAUCCUUCAGGUGAACCGUGUGAGGACCAGGGACUUGGACUGUUGUCUUACUGUGCCUCUAAUUAUGGAGGCCAGAGACUGCCUGGAUCUGGUCAUUAGCAGGAAUCCAAUGGCAGCUUCAUACGCAGUGCUGCCCAAUGACUGUGACGACCCCUCAAGCUCACUUCUCUGCUUCGCCAACUAUAAGACCAACAGCAUUGCCCUGUGAACACGAAAAUGGAAGUGGAACAUGGCAGCGCUGGGACCUCACAUGCAUCACACGUGGUUCAGUUUGUCACAUUUUAGCUCUGACAGACCUUCUUGCUCGUGUUCUGUACACAGGAACAACCACACUCUGCCUCAGAGCAUCUCUCACUCAACAUUACACGAUUGUUGCUUUUGGUCACUGCUGUGUUCAGAUGAUUUAGUUCUGCAGAGACUGAGGCUUCAGAACAAAGGCUCCUACCCCCUCACCAGAGGCGCAGCCACAUGGAGGCUUAUAUAACAGAGGAGUCAUCGCUUCUGAAGGGGGCCAGGAUGUCAACGCACAUGUCUUUGCUCUACAGAAUCACACAAUGUGCACGCUCACUGCCUAAAAUGUAAUAUAUUUUAAUAAUAAUCUUGUUACCAUUGCUUUUAUUUUCACUUUUCACAGAAUUUAUUGGUUAAUAUGCAUGGAAAGCAUUCACACAGAGACACUUGGUGUUGGUGGACCCUAAGGUCAAGGAACAGUGCUCUUAUUAGUUAUUUUAGCCAUGAAUUGGCUCACUGCCUUUGUUUCCAGUCUCUUCCUAGAACUUGCAGCCCCAAAGAGUGGUGCCCCCGAAGAGACCAAGCACCCCAUGAUACCUGCCAACAAUAAUCUAUUUAAAUGCCACAAAAACAUGAGGUCAAUCUAACCUUUCUGUUUGACACUUGAAUCAUGGUUAUGUUCUGAAUUGUUCCAGAAACACUUUCAAAUGCACAAAUUCACUCUUUAAUGUUCACUUGUUUUUUUUCAGUGUUUGAUACCAUCACAUAUUUACAAAGAUUUGGCUUUUCAAGUUAAGUUUGCACAUGUUUAAAGUGUUUCAGCACGUUUUUUUUUUAAGUUCAAAGUCAAUGUUCACAAUUUUUCUGUUCAAGCUGCUCUUUUCAAUACAAAACUCUGUUAAGGAUGCACACUUUAUACAAAUCCUCAGCAUUUUGUAUUUGUGGUUAAAAGAAACGUGCACUCUCACAUAGUUCCUUUAAAGCAAAGUGUUCUCAGUCCUUUUUGUAACAAAAUGAACAUACUGAUCUGAAAAUCGAUUGUUAAAUGCAAACGUGUUGGCUUGUGUGAAUAUGUUGUUAGACUGUCCCAUUCGUAGCAGCUUCAGAGGCAAAUUUAUGGUUGGGUCAGUAACCUUCAGAUGUGUCUCUCAUGAAAUUUCAUUCUAUAUUUUGGCCUAUUUUUAAAGGUAUUAUAUAUUUAAACAUUAGGUUUUUUUUUUACUGUAAAAGGCUUUAUGGUGCGCAAUGUUUUUUAUUUUUAGCAUGGGCCCAAAAGGUUUUAGGACUUUUAUGAAAGUUGCGAUACCGAAUGUGUUCCUGUACUUUAUUUAAUUUUCUUUAUUUUCAAGUCUUCUGUGAAUUUGUGUAUUUUGGUCAAAAUUACCAAAAUUAUUUAUCAGAUUUAAAUUUAGCAAGCAAUGCUGUUUUUUUUUAUUGUAAUAAAAUCAUUAGCCUGUAGUUUACCUGUACAAGCUUUUAAAAGUGUAGCUCAAUUUGUCUGCAAGACAGCCAAUUUUAUUUAAUUUUUUUCCUGAAAACUUAUAUACUUAUCUUUGUUCAUAAAUAAGUUAUGUUUAUCUAUAUGGAACCAUUUUACAACAAAUGUCAUUUAAAAGGCAAUUUACAAAACAAAUGGGUUCAUGUCCAAAUAUACAGAAUACUGUUUGGUCCAAGUUAAAUUCAAUACAUUCUUACAAUAUAAAAUGAGUCAGUUAAUCAUUUAAUAUCAAUUUCUAUAGUUGAAGAAAGCCCAGCAGCUUGCAUCGGGUCAUUGACUUUGCAGCAAUUGUUCAUUCUGAGCAAGCAUGGGGCAACAGUGGGGUGGAACCGCUCUCUCUUAACAGGAAGAAACCUCCAGCAGGACCAGGCUGUGGGUUGAUUGAAAUACCAAAUCUUAUUUUUAAAAAGAACAUGUGUAAUAUUCCCAAGAAGCAUUUUAGCCACACAUCUCACAUCAAAGAAUAAGAAUGUUGUGCAAGAAUGCGUUCAAAUCUGUGUGUUCUUGAGUAGCGUAAAUAGUUUGAGAACUGUGAGAUUAAUGCUGUUUCAGUGUGACCGACUUCAACCAAGCACAACCCUCCUGAUGUCAGUUAAUCACGCUGUACAGCCACAAAAAAACAUUAAACAAUCAUGAUCUAUAUUUUGAAAUCAAAUGCUAAUAAAAAAAAAACUAGUUUCUGUAACUUUAAAUUUAGUUUAGAAUGUACAGGUGGUGAACAUUAAAAAAUCAGUUCCAUAUUGUGUGAAGUAGACUUUAAACUAAUUCUUGUUAAAGUUGAACUUGGGCAAAACUUGAAAUCAGCACCUCUUACAUUUGCCCAACCAGAUUAAAAGCUAAAUAAAACAUUGUUGAGGCCAAAAUACUGCACUGCAGAAGGGUACAGUGGGAUGCAAUUAUGUUACUGGGCAUAAUGUCAGAGAAGCAUAUAACCUACAGGGUGUCUCCAAUGCAUUAUGACUGAUUUCCACUACAAAUGUGGAUGAAUAGGAGUGGUUAAUUUGCAUAGCACCAUUCUUACACAAUUCAAAGUGCUUUUCAGGAGAGUAAAGGAACAAAAAUACUAACAUAUGCACUGAAUGAAUCAUAGAUUUAACAAUUACAUAAACAAUAAAAUGCUAAUAUCAUAUAAAUAGCGAAGACAUGGUGAAAAUGAACUAAUUUAAAUUUUUGACCUUUAUGGCAAAACUACAGUAAUAUUUUCAGUCCUGAUUUAAAGGAGCUUAAGGUUUUGAUAUCUCAGGUUUUCAGGGAUUUUGUUCCAGAGCUGAGGAGUACAAAUUAAAGGCUGCCUUCUCUUCUUUUGUUCUGCUCUUGGAAACACUGAGUGAGCAGGUCCCAGAUGACCUGAGGGGUCUACAUGUUUUAUUCCUGACAAUUAACUGAAAUCUGUAUUGCAACCUAUUCCUCCGGUGUUGGUCAGAACUUUGGCAGCAGCAUUUUGGAUGAGCUGCAGCAGCCUUACUAAUUUUCUUUUUUUUACAGAAACCAUUAUAAACACAAUUGCAAUAUUGUAACUUACUAAAGAUAAAGGCAUGCACACAUUUUGUUUGUGUUCUGUUUUGAUGGCAACCCCUGUAUUCUGGUGAUGAUUCUGAUGAUGGGCUGAUGUAUUGUCUGAGAUAGAUUCAGAUACCUGGAUUCUUGGUAUGUUGUUUUUUUUCAGCCUCAUUUAAGUCCAGUUUAGUGCUGAUCUCUAACCAUGCAUUUUUUGGAACAAAACAAUGACUUCUGCCUUUUCUGCAUCAGGCUGGAGACAAUUCUUACCUGUCAGCUUAAUAUUAUGGAUACCCUUAUUAACUGAAAGUUACUGUAGCUAUGUAAUAAAAAAGAAAUAUACA